UAACAUCACUUUGAUGCCCGCGCGUAUGGAAUCGGUCAAGUCCUUCAGGGGCUCUGGCAAGUUCGACGAGCUAGAGGAUCGCGCCUUCAGGAAGAGGACGCGCCGCCGCGUGAUCAUCAUCGCGGCUGCUUCCAUCGUGCUCCUGGCGGCGAUUGUCAGCAUCGUCUGGGGAGCGGUCCUCAAGAAACGAAGCGACAAUGCCAACUUGAGCUCCGCGGCCCUGAUGACUCCGGCCGCGUCGAUCAGGGCUGUGUGCAACGCGACCGAAUACCCCAACUCAUGCUUCUCCAGCAUCACGACACUCGAGAGCUCCUCCAACUCCACUGACCCCAGGCAGAUCUUCAAGCUCUCGCUUCUGGUCGCCAUUAACGGGGCGGCCAGCUUCUUCAAUUAUACGAACCAGCUCGUCCCGCAGAUGACCGAUCCCCUCGAGCAAGCCGCGUUCGGAGUCUGCCAAACAGUGCUCCAAGACGCCAUCGACCACCUCAACGACACGGCGUCUCUCAUGGAGGUCAACCAAGGCCAAAAGCUCCCAUUGCCUUCCACAGUCACUGAUAUGCGGACUUGGCUAAGCACGGCCAUCACCCACCAAGAAACCUGCUUAGAUGCGCUCGAAGAGGCCAACUCCACCCUCCUUGGUGACAUGAGACUCGCCAUGCGAAACUCCACCGAGUUCACCAGCAACAGCCUGGCCAUUGUCACCAAAAUCGUGAGUUUAAUAGCCGCCUACGACGUCCCCAUCCAACGGAGGUUGCUAGGAUUUGGAGGAGCCAGGUCCGAUCUCCCAAGCUGGGUCGGCCCGGCCAACCGAAGACUUCUCCAGGCGGUGAACCUGAGGCCGAACCUGACGGUGGCGCAAGAUGGGACAGGGAACUACAAGACGAUCAAAGACGCGGUGGAGGCCAUACCUGAGAAAAGCUUGUCGAGGUUUGUGAUUUACAUUAAGGCUGGGGUUUAUAAAGAGAACGUGCUCUUGGAUAAGAACAAGUGGAAUGUGAUGAUGUAUGGGGAUGGGAAGACUUCUACCAUCGUCACCGGAAACCUAAAUUUCGUCGACGGGACACCAACAUACUCGACGGCAACGUUCACUGUUAUAGGAAAAGGCUUCAUUGCUAGAGACAUGGGGUUCGUGAACACCGCCGGCGCAGCAAAGCAACAGGCCGUGGCAUUCCUAUCGCAGUCCGACCUCUCCGUGAUGUACCGCUGCGCGUUCGAUGCGUUCCAGGACACCCUCUAUGCCUCUACAAACCGCCAGUUCUAUCAAGAUUGUGACGUCACGGGCACCAUAGACUUCAUCUUCGGGAACGCCGUCGCCGUCCUCCAGAACUGCACGAUCCUGCCUCGCCAGCCCCUGAGCUCCCAGUAUGACACCCUCACGCUCACGGCCCAAGGCAACUCCGACCCGAACCAGAACGGCGGGAUCUCAAUCCAAAACUGUAGGGUAACUCCGAACGGGAAUCUGACGGCCCAAACAUACUUGGGCCGGCCGCGGAAGGCCUACUCGACCACGGUCUUCAUGGGGUCGAGCAUCGGCCCGUUCCUGAGCCCGAAGGGCUGGACCGAGUGGAUCCCCAACGUGCAGCCACCCAUUACCAUCUUUUAUGGAGAGUACAUGAACACUGGGGCGGGCUCGAACACAAGCGGGCGGGUCAAGUGGCCCGGGUAUCAUCCUGCCCUUACUUCGGACCAGGCCAGGAAGUUCACGGUGGGAUCUUUCAUACAAGGCAACGCGUGGUUGCCCCAGACUGGGAUAGCUUUCGAUCCGUCCUAA